GAGCUUCUGACAGGAUGUAAGAUUUCGAGAAUUUUCUGUGGUCUCGGCUCGCUCAGCCUCAGCGGGGCAGAAUGGAGAUCAGAAUAGAGUGACGCGCUGGAUUUGGACCCAAGCUGUCUCAACGACUGCUUUGCUGAAUAAUUGAUCCCCGGUUGAAAAUGAGGAAGGCAUUGCUGAUUGUUUGGAUCAGCCUUUUGGUGCAAGUGUCCCAAAGUGCUCAGGGUCAUUAUGCCCGCAAGCUUCUGAAUGACCUGAUGGAGGACUACUCCAACGCUCUGAGACCUGUAGAGGACACAGACAAAGCCCUCAAUGUCUCUCUGCAGAUCACCCUGUCCCAGAUCAAAGAUAUGGAUGAGAGGAACCAGGUGCUGACCACAUACCUGUGGAUUAGGCAGGUCUGGCACGAUGCAUACCUGAAGUGGGACAAGGAGGACUAUGAUGACCUUGAGAUGAUCAACAUCCCCAGCGACCUGGUUUGGAAGCCGGACAUCGUCCUCUACAACAAAGCAGAUGAGGAGUCUGCAGAUGCAUCCAGCACUAAUGUAAAGCUGCGUUAUAAUGGAGAGAUCAUCUGGGACUCUCCAGCCAUCACAAAGAGCACAUGCGUGGUGGACGUCUCCUACUUCCCCUUCGACUGGCAGCAGUGCAACCUGACCUUUGGCUCCUGGACCUACAACGGCAACCAGGUGGACAUCAGUUUGGGCAUGGACAGCGGUGACCUAUCCGACUUCGUGGAGAACGUGGAGUGGGAAUGUCACGGCAUGCCAGCAGUUAGAAACGUCAUGAUGUACGGCUGCUGCUCCGACCCUUACACCGAAAUCACCUACACCCUGCUCUUGAAGCGCCGCUCCUCGUUCUACAUCUUCAACCUGCUCCUGCCCUGCUUCCUCAUCUCGUUCCUGGCCCCGCUGGGUUUCUACCUGCCGGCCGACUCGGGGGAGAAGGUUUCCCUGGGGGUCACAGUGCUGCUGGCGCUCACUGUGUUCCAGCUGCUGGUGGCUGAGAGCAUGCCUCCUGCAGAAAGCAUGCCCUAUAUAGGGAAGUACUACAUAGCCACCAUGACUAUGAUCACAGCCUCCACCUCUCUCACAAUCUUCAUCAUGAACAUUCAUUUCUGUGGUGCUGAGGCCAAGCCGGUCCCUCACUGGGCUAAGGUGCUCAUCAUAGACUACAUGUCCAAAAUCUUCUUCGUCUACGAGGUGGGGGAGAACUGCACCACGCCUCAGAGCGAGAGGACCCCACUGUACCCUGAAGAACCCAUGAGUGAUAAGGCUAGCUACCUCGAUGACCGUUUCCACGACAUCUACCAUCAUGAAAGUGACCCGUACAAGUACAGCAACGGCCAUGGCGUGCAUCAUCACAACAAGGAUCACAAAAGCCAGGCGAAUGGCAACGCCAACAGCAGCCGUCACCAUUACAACAACCACAACAACCACGCGUCCAGACUGGAGAGGGGUGAGAGGAAGCGAGAGUCCACACAGCACUACCACCACAUCAGGAGGGAUGAACUGGAUUACCAGGCCCAACUUCAUCCACGAAACCUCCAGCACCUGAAUGGAGGGCUGAAGGAGCAGCUCCUCUUUCCCACGGAGAAACUACAGGUUCCAGCCUGCCCCUGCUGCUGCCCCUGCGCUCAACAUAAACAGGUGGUGAAGAACAUCCAGUUCAUCGCCAACUGCUUCCGUGAGCAGAGAGCUACUUGUGUCAAGGCAGCAGAGUGGAAGAAGGUUGCCAAGGUGAUGGAUAGGUUUUUCAUGUGGAUCUUCUUCGUCAUGGUCUUCCUAAUGAGCAUCCUCAUCAUCGCCAAGGCAUCGUGACAGCCUCCCAACACUCGUGCUUCGUCAUUGCUGGACCCCAGAGUUACCCAAGAGUCACCUCAUUUUUACUUUGAUGCAACACCAGAUACAUCAAAACUGCUUUGUCUACAAAGAAACUGCAUGUGAUACGUCAGUAUUGUGUGUGCGUGUAUUUGUGUGUGUGCAUGUGUGACAUAAAGAGUGCAAGGUCAUGGCACAGAAAUCAUCCAUGUAAAUUCAUCACAGCCUCUUGGUUAGUUAAUGUCAGGUGUGCUUGCAUGUGUGACGGAGCAGUGGAGCAGUAAGACAAUCCAGGCCUCGCCUUGAACAUGCAUGGACUCUCCAUUAUUGAUGAGCUUACAGCUAGACAUCCAGCCAUAGGCAUUACAUUACUUACAUUACGUUUAAGGCAACCAGAUGAUGCUGUUUCCAGAGUCAGUUACAAUGAGAGCGUCAGCAGAAUAAAUGUAAACACUUACGAAACAGCCUAAAUAUGGUCAAAAAGAGGGCAAAUCCCAUCAACUUCCUUACACUGGUCAUAGUGGAAAAGCAUGCAAGGUGUUAAGAUAUUAGAUGAAACGGUGAAUGUUUACCUUUCAAAAAGAUCCCUCAAUUUUUGACACAAUAUUCAGACCUUAAAGCCUACCUCCUCCAGAGCAUUAAUGGUGGACAUACUGUACCUAAUUUAAUGCUUUGCUCAUUGGUCCAUACUGUCCCAGCAGUUUACAUUAUUGUCCAAAUCUAAUUUGUUGUAUCAUUGUCAUGGAUACAUUUUACAAAACUGUCCAUUUCUGUGUUUUUUCUUUUUGGUUUUUUUUGCAUAUAAUAUCUCUUUUCAUCGCUUCAUACUUUUUCUGUGA